AUGGUGGACGCCGGUAUAUCACCUACAAUCCCUCAAACUCCAAAAGAAAAACGCAAGAAGAUAAAUAAACACAAGCAGAACCCCAAAGUUGUCAAUAACAUAGAUGAAGAUUUGGAUAUUGUCGAUGAAUAUAUUUUUGAUGAAUUUGAAGCAUUCGCGGUGGAUUUUCAAAAUUAUUCUGCAGUGGAUGAAGAAUUAGACCGUGUAUUGCAGAAAAUUCCUAUUUUUGAGAAUGUAGAAGAAGUUAAUGGAGUUGAUUUGUCAUCUUCUGGUGAGGAAGCACCCAAUUUAUCUAUCUCUGUCACAACUCUGGAUGUGAUUAAAUCGGCUGGAGAAUAUACAUUGAUAGAUUUUGCUGCAGAUGCGAUUGGAUGUGCGGAUUUAAUCGACUUCAGUGAACCCCUUCCGAUUUUUCACCCAAGGAUUGCUCAGGAUUUCAGCUGCAGUGUUGUCACAAUUUGUGAGGUGGACGACAAGCCGUUAGGCACUCCUGAUGAGGAUGAUCGUCGACCUUACGCCGCGGUGAGAAUUUUUGAUCGCGUUGUGAUUGGACUGUUGGAUAGUGGAGCAACUCACACGUGUUUGGGAAAAGGAUCGGAGGAAUUAUUGAAGGGAAGUCAUUUAAUAUCUCGUGCAACAUCAAAAUUAAUUUUUAUCCGAACUGCAGACGGCAGCAUGCAUGAGUGCACCGAACUCGUCGAUGUUCCAAUCACCUUUGAUGGCAGAACACACCUUUUACCUGUCCUCAUUGUUCCCGAUUUGUAUUCGCCAUUGAUUCUGGGAGUAGAUUUUUGGAUGAAGUUUGACUUGAGGAUAGUCAAGCCAAAUCCGAGGAGGUGUGAUGCUUUAAGGCGACAUCCGGUGAUUCUCAGCAGCGAGGAACGCGCCGGAUUAGAUGAAGUUAUCCCUCAAUUUCCCAUCACCACGGAAGAUAACUUUGGACGCACUCAUCUGAUCACCCAUAGGAUUGAUACCCUCGACAAUGCACCUGUGCACCAACGGUGUUAUCCUGUUCCAACCCACCUGAUGAAGGCGGUAGAUGUGGAAUUGGAUCGCCUUUUGAAACGUGGGGUGAUUAGGGAAUGCGAGCCCACUCCGUGGUUGAAUCCGGUAACAAUUCGCGACAAGAAGGAUGGGCGUAUUAGAUUCUGUUUGGAUGCGCGAGGAUUAAACAAUGUCACCGUGAGGGACACAUUCCCCUUGCCCCAUAUCGAGGCGAUUUUGUCCCAGCUGUCUGGCGCACAGUACUUAUCCAGCAUUGAUCUCUCAGAGGCAUUUUUCCAGAUCCCUUUGGAUCCUCAGGAUCAGCAGAAAACGGCCUUUGCGUUACCUGGAAGGAAGUUAUACUGUUUCCAGCGAACUCCUUUUGGGCUAGUCAAUUCUCCCAUGACUAUGGCAAGGUUGAUGUCACUGGUGUUGGGGCAUGAUCUGGAGCCCUUUGUGUAUUAUUACCUGGAUGAUGUGCUGGUAGUGACACCUGACUUUGAGACACAUGUGCGGAUGUUGGGAGAAGUUGCAAAACGGCUCAAAGCCGCCAAUCUCACGAUCAAUUUGGCGAAAUCAAAAUUCUGUGUCCCCGAGUUGAGCUUUUUGGGAUUGACAAUUUCUUCGGAGGGAAUUUCUACCAACACAGAGAAGAUAGAUGCCAUCAUUCAACUCACCCCUCCGCGCACGGUGAAGGGACUUCGCCAGGUGAUUGGAAUGAUGUCCUGGUAUCGCAAAUUCAUUCCUAAUUUUUCUACCACCAUUUUGCCGCUCACCAAUCUUCUCAAGGGAAAACCCAAAACAAUUGAGUGGUCACCGGAGGCUGACCGUGCCUUGGAGGAUCUCAAACGUGCCCUGAUUUCCGCGCCUAUACUGGCCACCGCCGAUUAUUCCAAACCCUUCCGAGUGAAAACAGAUAGUAGCGACUUCGGAUGUGGAGGCGUUCUCGUGCAGGGGGAGGAUGAUAAGGAGCGGGUAAUUGCCUAUAUGUCGAGGAAGUUCACGGCCGCCGAGAAAAAUUACACCACCACGGAGCAGGAGCUUCUGGGUGUGCUGUACAGCAUUGAAAAAUUCCGCCAGUAUCUUGUGGGAGCCCGGUUUGUGGUAGAAACAGACCACUCAGCAUUACAAUGGCUGUUGAGGCAGAAGGAGGCUCGUGGCCGUCUUGCUCGCUGGAUAUUGAGGUUGCAAGAGUUCGACUUUGAGGUGAGACAUCGGCCAGGAAGGGAAAACAUAGUCCCUGAUGCUCUGUCAAGAUGCUUCGACAUCAGCUCCGUCGCCCAAGUUCAGGACAAGUGGUACAGUUCCCUCUUCGAGAAGGCCACACAGACCCCUGAGAAGCUUCCCGAUUACAAGGUGGAAGAUGGAAGGCUGUAUAAGCUCUGCAGAGUGCUCAACGAUGUGGGUGUGGUGGAACAUCGGUGGAAAUUGGUGGUUCCCAAGGAGGAUCGCGUUGAUGUGAUGCGGAACACAAUUGCGCCCAUAACUGACAGUGAUGCAUCGCGUUGCGAACCACUCGGAAUGGAGUUCAGUCUGAGUCCAGUCAUCAUCAGAGUUCUGUCUGGUGAGAUCUACGAGAGUGUCGAAGACGCCGGGAGUGAAUUUGUGCCUUCCCCGGAACUGCAGCAUCUGUGUCGGACAGCUUCCCGCCAAAAGAAGACGCCGGAAGUGGAUUUGUUCCGUCCCAGGAAUUGCAUCAGCUGCAUCGGAGAGCUUCACGCCAAGGGAACACGCCAGGAGAUUGAGAAGAGUCAGUUGGAAGAUUUGGCGCAUCCCACGGGCCCGAAUCAGACGCAGAGGUCGGUCGUCAAUUGCCGCCUGUGUCUGGACGUUAGAUUGCCAGUCUUACUGGCAAGGAAAAGUGCUUUCCCCGGUCGCAAAUAG